UUUUCAUAUCACUACAUAUGUUAUACAGUAUAGUGGCACUGCAGAAGGUUGAGCCUGACCUUACAAGACGCACUUGAAUGCAACAUGAACUCUUGGCAGCGGAGACGGUCUCUUUGAAGUUGAGUUUGCCGGGCUGAGUUGGAUCGACCUGCCGAGAACAGACCCAUGAGUGACUGCGAGGAGACAGGCUUCUUUUGGGAGUCUUGGAUUUCGCCUGGAAAAAGAAAGAGAAAAAAGGACUCUAAAAAAUGUCCAGACCACAAAAAUGACAUGACUGUGAAAACAGAGGAGAACAUCAGGAAAAAAAAGAAAAAUAAAAACUCCAAAUUCAAAGAAGCAAUGGUGAGAAGGAAAUCAAAGAAAAAAGACAAGAAGAAAAACAGAUCGGCUUUGGAACUCGGUGACAGUUUUGUACCUACGCAGGCCUGCAGUGCACAAGCAAAACCUACUGUGAAACCAGAAUCUUCAAAUUCACACAUCAAGGACAAGCUAAAACCUGAUCACCUGACUCAAGACUCCAAGAAGAAAAUCAAAAGAAAAAAGAAAGUGGCGUUCAACCUGUCACCGGGCUACAUCUGUGCCAAACGUCCUGAAUUUGUCUCUUCAUCUCAGCAUUGUUCCAGAGAGAGCAUCCACUUGGAGAGUGAAGCUGUGAGAGACAGCGGGAGCUGUUCACGGGUCACAGUGACCAGGCUCAGCCAGGGGCCGACACAUAACAAUGACUCUCAAUGCACCAGCGAGGACGUAAACAGCCAGGACCUGUUUAUCACUCAGAAGACAUUCAGAGCGUCGCCCUCGGAACUUUCCAGCAGUGACACCAGUGACAGAGCCUUUACUUCAACCCCUCAAGUAUCCACACAUUGCGACAAGCUGCGCUCCUCCAUGGCUCAGACAAAACAGCUUGUUGAAGGAUCAUACAAAGACUUACAUGUUCAGCAGCAUCACAGAAAGACAAAUGAGCACCCAGAGAAGACAGAACAAGAGGAUUCAAACAAAGUACAUCAUAAGCACAUGAAGGGAAAAUGUCAGACACAGAUGCAGCUAAAUACAAAUCUUACUGAGGAGGAAAAAGUAUUGUGUCCUGUCUAUAUAAAGCCCAGUGUGAAUCCUUACCUGGCUGAGCCAAUUGUUGAAAACCCCUGCCUGGAUGUUGCAAAGUCAAAGAAACAUUCGUGUACUUCAAGCUCACAGUCCAUGAAAAACACUUCCACUCAAACAGAAAACUUCUUCAGCACUGAACUCUCCUCCUACCUCAACUUCUGCCAAAAAUGUACAGUGACUGCACACUUUAAAGACUUGAAAGCUUUGGACCUGAGCCUGCCACACAGGUCCAGAAGAGACCUUGGUUCAUGUUUGUCAGUGAACACAAAAUUGUCUUUAACAGAACAGAUGAAAGGUGACAACCACCAAGAUAACAACUUGCAUCCAUCUUGCUCUUCUGGCAUAAAAGAAGUGGAGGUAAAGAAGGAGGAUCAGCAUCCUUGCUCUGUAAGCACACAAAGUAAAGGUGAAACAACUCUGAGCCCCCAGUCCGGUUCCGAGCCUAAGUCUGCAGACACGACAACCUCCAGCGAAGACAACGAGCCCCCCUGUCGCACUACCAAGCUGGACCUGGCCCAGGUCAGAGCAGUCCAGAUGAGACUCAAUGAGUCCUUUUUCUUCAGGACAAAAGGAGAGGGACGGUCACCCAGGCCGGAGUCUCCACUGAUGAAAGUCACUUGGAGCAGAGACGUUAAAAGCAGGAAGGGCCGCUGA